AUGCAUGAGAAUAAUUCAACGAGGCCGUGUUUGUUUUUGGUUUACAAGCCACAGAGUAAUCGGCUCGCUCGAGAUGCGUACAUUGCGGCGGCGGCCAUCAACUGCAUCACGAUGUUUCCCGCCAUUAUCUUGAACGUGCUUCUGAUGAGAGCGAUGUCUCGUUCGCCUGCUCUUCGGAAGCCAUCGACUCUUCUCCUGUACAGUGUUUCUGCGUCGGAUUUACUACUUGGUCUGAUCGUACAGCCGGGAUAUCUCGCCAAGAAGGUCGGAGAGCUCACUGAUAACUUUCACAUUUAUUGCAAGAGUGCAAUGUUAACGUACGUUGUAGGGAAUUCCUUGACGGCAGUGUCAUUACUCAAUCUUACUGCUAUCGCCAUUGAUCGAUAUCUCGUCGUGACUUCGGGAAUCCACUACCCGAGGAAGGUGACCAAAUGUCGCUUGUUUGUGAUUAUUGCGUUUAUAUGGACUUUUGCCAUAUCUAUAGCUUUGGGACAAAUUGUGAUUAAAAGGUUCCUGGUGCUUCUUUCAACGCUAUGUUACACCAAAGCGAUGUAUACCAUCAAAAGACAACAGACGCUCAUGAAUGCCGCAACCAGGAACAAUGCACGCACAGAACGCUACCGAAAGUCUAUAGUUACCAUGGUAACUGUAUUUAUCAUUUUCAUACUUUCCUACACGCCAUUUUGCGUCUCUGUGGUCAUGGUUGCAGCCAUGGGUGAGUCUGCAAAAUCCUGGUCAGCGGAGGCGCUUUGCUCUGUGAUAGCCUUUACAAACGCUUGUAUGAAUCCUGUCAUUCUGUUUUGGCGUAUCAGCGAAAUCAGAAACGCCGGGAGGCAGCUUUUGGCAGGGCUGAGCCUGCACACAGGCAGAGCAGAGGAGAGCCACUCAGAAUCCAUGGGUGGUAUGUCUAGGGUUCGCAUGCCAGCCAAAACGUCCACCGGAGUUUGAGAGUGCUUACUUCUGUGGAGAGGGGUAUUCCGCGAAUCUACAUUUUACCGACAACAGUGGGAUUUGGCCAACGACCUAACUGGGUUGCCCUGCCGAAAGCCAAAACUGCUGUCGUAUUAGAGACUGCGAAAUAAUAAGACUUUAAAAUGACUGCGAAAUUCCGAAAACUAUACACUGUUAAGAGACAUAAAAAAUAAAAGAAAAGAAAUUAAUAUAUAGAUUUAGGCACUGCCUAAAAUCGGAGCCAGCAUUAAAAGAAUGUUGUUUUAAUGAGAUUAAAGAAUAUAUCAAGGAUGUAACAGCAUCCCAAAGAUUUAGAUGCCAUACUAUAGUUUCCAUGUACUGAAAGUUCUUAAUUCCAAUUUUUUAAUUUCAAACCAAACCAUGUUCAUUGUCUUAUGUUUGGGGUAGAGAGGAAUAAAUCAACAAAUAAGCAGAAAGUCAAUGGGGAGUUGAAAGGGAGAAAUGCGCCUCUAUUUGAAAAAAAGUUAAUCUACUUUAAAAAAUAUAUGACAAAAAUGCAAUAAUAGCUUGAAUGAGCACUUUCCUAACAUUUUUCCCUUUCCCUAUUACCUUUAGGUUUGAUAUAAAACUGUUUUCUUUACAGAUUUAUUAUUAAAAAAGCACAAGUUUGUUAUUAUCUUUAUAUAAUUUAUUAAGCAAGUACCUUGCCCUUAUAAAAACCCUUUUAUAGAAGUUUCAUUAAUGUACACUACAAAGCUACAUUCUGACCGGCUUUGCCCUUGCAAAGAAACAAAUAAUGGAUAAAACAGCAUUUCAAAGAUAGAAUGAUAUAGUUAGAUACACUUCAGGUGCCACUUACUAGUGAUACUCCAUCACCAAGGAAAUUAAAAUCCACAAAUAUACCUCAGUCAUGCAUUACAUAUUGGUGAACCCACCCUUUAGCAUGGUGGCCUGCUGUUUUUUUUUUAUUUUAUUAUUUUUUUUGGAAACCCUGCAGCUGGAUCCA